CUUUUAUACUGCACGGUUUCUGUCGAUCAAAGCUGAGCAUAGGUAAAUCAGCUAGGGCCUGGAAUAACAAAGCAGCAAAACAACAAUGAGUUCCUCCUCCACAGCUCUUCGAGAACUGCAGCGGGACCUCGAAAACAAAGCUAACGAUCUCAGCAAACUCCAAAAAGAUAUAGCGAAGAACCAUCAAGUCAGGAAGAAGUAUACUAUUCAGUUGGGGGAGAACGAGCUAGUCCUCAAGGAGUUGGAUUUAUUAAAAGAGGAUGCAAAUGUGUACAAGUUGAUCGGUCCAGUGCUUGUUAAGCAAGAUUUAGCAGAGGCUAACGCCAACGUUCGUAAGAGAAUAGAGUACAUCUCUGCUGAACUGAAGCGGCUUGAUGGAUCUCUUCAAGAUUUGGAAGAGAAGCAGCACAGCAAGAGAGAAGCGAUAUUGAAGGUGCAACAGACGAUUCAAUCUCAUCAAGCAGGAAAAGCCAAGGCUUAGCCCUUCGUCAUAUUUUUGUCAACACCUCUGUUGGAGCUACAAUCUAGUGUUCUUGAACCAUUGUUGUAAAAGCUACAGUGUGUAGUUUCCCCUUUAACAUCUAAUAGUCAUGACAGGAUCAUAAGUUGUUCUAAGCAAUGCAUUCUCUGGCUUUUCGGUUAUAUUGAUAAUAAUUACCACUUAAA